UAAUUUCUUCGACUGGCAAUGUAACUAUUUUCAUUUUUUGACACCGAAAUCGGAUCGUAUUCUCGAUUUUGACAGCUGACCCCAUCCAUCAAAAGCUUUCAAGCUUAUGUGCGAAUAUUUUUUAUGAAUAAUAGAAUCUCCCUACAAAUUAUGCUGCAUGCAUAAUAUAUGGGAGUUUAGAAUAGUGUUUACUGUAAAAUGUUAUCGUGUUGAAAUCUAUUAGGUCAUUACGUUGGCAAAUAUGGGGUCCAUGCGACCGACGGGAAGAUUUCUAUCGUUCACUAAUAACAUUCAGAGGACACAGAAGCAAGCUGUUCCAAGUGGUUUCCCUCAAAGUCUAUCUGGCAGUGAGACUGACGUCUCAACAUCAAACGAGAAUCUUUCCAGAGAAGAGCGCUAUGUUGUGCGCCAUACAGCCAGGGUGGAGCCUCAGGGUCAGGAAAACCAGAGUCAGUCAAACAAUAACAACAGGAAUUCAUUAAAGGAAAGUGUAACUAGCAGUAACCGAAAUUCACUUAAAGACUCAGUGGGUGGUGGCAACAGCAAUAGAAGCUCUCUGGAUGUCUCUUCAUCAUCCUACAACACGCUUAUCAUACACAAUCAGGAUGACUCCUGGCCGCCAAGACCUACACCUAUUCGAGAACAUGAAAGGACCAGUAGUGAAGUAAAGCACCCCAACACACAGUCGUCACCAUACCAUACUCUGAAAAAGAAUGAAGGUGUGAAGAAACCCAGUGGGAUUCCAGUGCCUAAGCAUAAGGAACAGAAUGUGACUACUACUGCUAACUAUAUUGAUAUUGGUGGCCAGAGGAUAUACACUAGCCCCCCGGACCAUGGAGUUCAGGAAAUAACAGAGAUCCCUGACGAUUUCCUCAAUCAAUCAUCAGUGUUGAAGCAUUUGGCUAAGGAGGUGGCCCAGUCGCCGACGCCGCGCGGCCCCACCCCGCCGGCGUCACCGCGAGCGCCCGCGCCGCCCCGUGAUGACUCCAGGAAAGCCAAGAGCAAGUGCUCCAAAGCGAAACUCAGCAAAGAAAAGCUUAACCUCUCCAGGUCACAGCCCGAUCUCACUAGCGUGGGCGUGCGCGCGGUGCCCGGCGGGUCGGAGUCGUCGGGCUGGUGCAGCGGCGGCGAGGGCGAGCUGGAGGAGCCCGACGAUGCCUUCACCGCCGUGCUGGACGCGCUGGCCGCCGAGAACCACCAGCUCAAGCGGCAGCUGGCCGACGCAUGCGAGCGGGUCGCUAAAACUAAUAAGGUCACAUCGCAACUGGAAGAAGAAGUGGAGAAGGUUCGCACGGCCCAUGAGGAGCUGGUGGGAUCGUGUGAGCGACGCGAGCGGCUGGAGCGGGCCGCGCGGGUGCGGCUGCAGGCGGACUGCCGCCGGCUGCACGACCUCAACAGGGCGCUCAAACAACAGGUUGAGCUACUCUCGCAAGGUGUCCGGACAGAAAACGAGGGCAACUCUGAAGCGCUGCGGAAAGAAUUGCAAAACAGGGAGAUGCUCAUCGCUCAAGUCAUUACACAGAAUAAGGAGUUAGCAUGCGCUAAGGAGCGUCAAGAGAUCGAGAUGGCGGCGCAGCGCGCGACGCUGCAGGAGCAACGCACGCACAUCGACAUACUCGACACCGCGCUCACCAACGCGCAGGCCAACGUCGUGCGGCUCGAAGAGGAGUGUCGUCAUGCGAGUGGCUACGUUGAGCGUGUGAUGGGAUUGCAACGCGCACUUGCGUCACUGCAACAAGCUUCAGAUCGACGCGAACACACCGAGAGGAAACUACGUGCUCAGCUCGAGAAAGAGUUACAAACUCUUAGGAAGCGGGAAUGCAACUGCGGUGUGGUCGCGGGCGGUGCGGGCGGCGGCGAAGCGGAACUGCGGCGACAGCUACGGGAACGGGACGAGCGGCUGCUGGCGCUCGAGGGAGAGUGCGCCAAGUGGGAGCAGCGGUACCUGGAGGAGGCCGCGCUCAGGCAGGCCGCCGUGUCCGCUGCCUCCAUACCCAAUUCCGUUUUCAGGGAUGCUAAGAUAGCGGCGUUGGAGAAGACGUCGGCCGAGUCUGAGCGUCUUAUGGCAGAGGCUCGCAGCGAGAAGAUACGACACAUGGACGAGCUGCACUCCGCUCAGAAAAAAGUUGCCGACUUGGAGAGCAGAGUGAAGGAGUUAGAGUCUAAAGUUGCGGAACGCGACGCCAUGAUCAAAGUUCUGCAGAAACAUACAAGUGCUGCUUACGACAGUGGCGCCUCCUUGCGAAAUAACUCUAGUCGCGAGGAACUCGUGGGCCUGUCGUCAGGCGCAUCGUUCUCCAGCGCGGAGGGCGUGGGCACCGGCAGCGUGUCGGGACGCUUCCGGCACCUCGCGCGCAGAAACUACUCCCCACAUAACGAUAACUCCAGUGGCUGCGGCUUCGACAGCACGUCGCUGCGCCUGGACGAGCAGCUGGCGGCGCUGGAGUCGCGGCUGGAGCGGCCGCCCGUGCCCGCCGUGAGUUACCUGCCCGCCGCUGACGCGCGACCGCAUGCUGCCUACUACUGACACACAGACACUAUAGAAACUUAACCUACCCACAUUUCUUCAGAUACAUGGUUCGAAUUGACAGUAAUUGUGAGGGCUAUGGGACGAUAACCUGACUAUUCGCAUAGAAAGAAGUUCGUUUGUAUUUUACAUACGAAAAAAUAAAACCAUUUUUGCACAUUUUAACUCACCGCUAAGGAUUCGUCUUCAUAAACAUCUGGGGUGGGGGCAGGUUAUUGCUUAUAAUUCGUCUGUUUCAUUGAGUGUAUUUCGUUACAUUUAAAUGGCAAUCCGAACUUACGAUCAUUUUGAGAAAGCCGGAACUGCCAAAUCUCCUCAUUGGUUUACACAACAUCGCAAAUAUUUAUGUGUGACACGCAUUGGCGUUGGCACGUAAUUAUCCUCGAUGUCUAAUUUAAUAUGAUCCUUGUUCUAAAUUUUGAUUUAAAUGGAACAUUGCGAUAUUGUCUGACAGCUAUUCCUUUAAAACAUGUUGGUAACACUACACACUACUUGAGGGACCGUCGUCUCGCGAACGCAAACUUUAAUCUACAUGCCGUAGAAAACAUGAAUUACCGAUUAAAAGCAUAGUCAAUGUGAAGUCACAUGCGUAUUUAUAAGUUGUACAGCAGUUCAUAAUAAAAAUAAUUUAAUUAAAAAUACGGUGCAACAAUAUAAAAAAGAUAUAAAAAACCAAUUUGAAUUCAUGAAAGAAUCGAUUUAAACGAACGACUACUUGUUUCAAAUUCAAGGUUUCAAAAUGUUAUGAAAUUAAAUAUAUUAUUGAAUCUAACAUUGGGAUAUGUCAAGC